AACUGAAUUCACGUGAUCGAUCGCGCUCUCUGCCUCUCUCUCUUUCUCUCGCGUUAAACCUCAAUUUCUCUUUUCUCCCGUCUAAAACCCCCAAUUCUAGAGAGAUCGAAUUGAUGGAGUCCAUGGCGAACGCGAUCACAAUGGUGAUCGCACCUCUCGGCGCCCCUCCCCUGAAUUCCUCUGUCCGAUUUCGUUCUAAAUCUCGCAGGAUCUGGUGCUCGAGGUUGGAAAGUAAUGACAAGGACAAGUUUGAGGGAGCAUCUUCACCCUCUGAGACCAGCGUGCAAAUUAGUAACGACAACAUAUGGAAACUCUUCAAUGAUGCUCAGCAAAAUAUUAUGCAUCUGAACAAACAACGACUUGUGGCUUUAGAGGAACUGAAGAAAGUGCAACAUGAAAAACAGUUACUACUAGAGAGGCUAGAGCAGUUGGAAGCAAGAAACCAGGCAGGUACCACCACUAAAUCAGUGGAAUCAUGGAGUAUCUCUGAGUUGCUACUGCGGAUAGAUUCCAUGGUGCUCUCAGACAUGAUUGGUACAGGAGAGGCGGCUGAUCUCAGAAAAAGUAUUGUGGAGAACAGAUUUGCUGUCGAUAACCUUUUCUUUGGCAUCCAGGAGAAGAAUGAUCUAGAAUUAUUAUCAGAACUUCGGCAUUUUUCAGAAACAAUUAUGCGAAAACCUUUGCAUGUAGUGCAUAUCUGCAGCGAAAUGGAACCGAUUGCUUCCUCCAGUCCCUUGGCAUCAUAUGUGACGGGUGUUUCGUCCGCCCUACAAAGAAAAGGCAAUAUGGUGGAGGUCAUUUUACCCAAGUAUGCAAGUAUAAACCUGGCUCCCAUUAAGGCUUUAAGGAAAAUUGAGGGUGAAGUAGAUUCUUAUUUUGGUGGUAGAUGGCACAGAAACAGAAUAUGGACUGGGAUCAUCAACAAUAUUGGCGUUGCAUUAAUUGAACCUCUCCAUCAUCAGGAAUUUUUCAACCGUGACCUGAUAUGCGGGUACUCUGACGACUUCAAGCGAUUUGCGUAUUUUUCACGUGCCUCAUUGGACUAUUUAGUAAAAUCUGGAAAGCAACCUGAUAUUUUGCACAUACACAAUUGGGAAACUGCAAUCAUUGGGCCGCUUUUUUGGGAUAUUUUUGUUCACCAGGGGCUCAGCGGAACUCGACUAGUAUUCACAUGCCAUGACUUGAAUUCCCAAUGUCUUGAACAGCCGGAUAAGCUAGAGACUUGUGGACUAGAUUCUCAUAGACUUCACCGUGCUGAUCGUUUGCAAGAUAAUAUCAACAAAAAUCUCAUUAACAUUUUAAAGGGAGGGAUUGUUUAUUCCAACAAAGUAGUUUUUGUAUCAUCAAGUCAUUCAAUUGAUAAAAUCAUCCAAUGUUCAGGCCAUGAAUUGGAACCCACAUUAGCUGUUCAUAGGGACAAAUUGUUGAUUACUCCCUAUGGGUUUGAUGGCACAAAUUUUGAUCCUUCCAAAGACAAAUUUCUUCCUGCAAAGUAUUCUGCAAACAAUAUUGAGGGGAAGGCUCUUUGUAAAGUUGCACUUAGGCAUCAUCUUGGGUUCUCUAAGCAUUCUUUUGCUAUUGUUGGAUGCAUCUUCUCUGAAGUUUCUGAUGGUGAUGUGGAUAACUUAAGACUAGCUAUUAUGUAUGCUAUGGAAAAGGGUGCCCAGUUCGUGUUGAUGGGGGGGACAGUGAUGACUCCUACAUUGCAACUACUACAAGAGGAACUUAAGGAGACCACCCUUAGCACAACUGAAUGGAAGAAUGGGAUUGAUGUAGUCGACCUUGAAAUUUGGAAUAAAGGAUUUGUUGUUGUCUGUGGUUCUGUUUUAAUUGAGGGUUUCAGACUUCACAACUUCAUGAUCAUUUACUUUGGAUUUUCAACUUACAUGCUCCCAAACAAUAGAUAUUGUACUGAGUAAAACUGCAGUUGGGAGUAGCCUGUGACUGAAUAAGAGAGUUCUCAGUCCUUCUGAAGAGGAGCUAAGUUCUUCCCCAUUCAAAAGAUUUUACAUAUUUAUCUUUGCGGAAUUUUUUGGAAACAUAGCCAUAGUUGGCAGUUUCUUCAGCUAACUGAAAGCCAGACUGUUAGAGAAGCGAGAAUAAGAGCAGUUGCACAUGAAUAGAGUUGUGGUUGGUAAUUAAAUCACUACACCGGGAAAAUAAUUUUGGUGGUUAUGUGUAGAUACGCCAUUAAAUCAGAUGUUACUGGUUUUUCGAGGACGAGUUGUUUCUUUGUGUUUUUGAUUGCAUGUGUAUUUUGUGCAGGAUGCAAAUGUAAGAUUCGUAGACAAAAAUGAAGAGUUCCUACUACACUUGAUUCUUGCGGGUUCUGAUAUCAUGUUAUGUUCUUCCUUUCAUGAUCCAUUACUCCAAGUACCG